GCUAGGUCGACCUCAGCUUGAUGUUUGGUCAACGGCUCUUGGCGUGCCAUGGGCGCCACGAGAGACAUUGCAGCGCCCGAGCGAGCGCAUGAGUGGCGAGUACGCAAACCUGGGUCGUCCACGAGAUGGAGGCGAACGUUUCAUGGCCGGAGCACCUGUGCAAAGUGCUAAAGGUGGCGGCGGUCCACGGGUGCUGGUGACCUGGCGGUCCAUUGGAGCCAACUGCAUGUGUGGCCAAUGGGUGGCCGCUGUGUGGUGGGUCAUCAACUUGGAGAAGCGUCCGGAUCGCCGGCGCUGGAUGUGCAGGAGCUGCUUGCCCGCCUUUCAAGAGGCAGGUGCACAAAUCUCGUUCGUGCCAGCAGUGAAUGGGGAGGAGCUGGACUUGGAUGGCGCUGCUUGGUGGUCUUUGAGCGAGGAACAGCUCGAGGAGACUGAGCGCCGUUGGACGAAGAUGUUCCCAGAGGAGCCCCUGCCACGCGAGGAGUUGCGACGUUUCUAUGGUCGACCAGUGUCAGGUGGUGAGAAGGGCGUCUUUUUCAGCCACCGGGCAGCCUGGACAGCGGCCAAGGGUGCACCCUUUACUUUGAUCUUGGAGGAUGAUGUGGUGCCCAUGUCCUUCUUGCCAGGACACCAUGUGCCUGGCCGAGAUUUGGAGGAUCAGGCCAUGGAGUCCAUUUUCCAAGUCUGCUGCUUGCGCUGGGCUUCCCUCUGGUCAGCGCUGGUGGAGGCGACCAAUGCUUUGGAGGCCCGGGCAAUUGAUUGGCACUUGCUCCUACUUGGCCGGCACAAGUUUGGUGCGGACACCCCCAUCGAUGGAGAGCACGAUCUGGUGAUGGCAGGCUUCUCCACAUGUUUGCAUGCCUACUGCGUCUCCGCGCGCGGUGCGGAGCUUCUGCUUCAGCUCACCGACCUGAAACCGGAUCCCGGGCCCCAACUCAUCCCCAUCGAUGAUUUGCUACCAGGUAUUUGGUCCGGCCAACAUCCACGGCGGGAUCUGGAUGAGCUCCUGCCGACGUGGUCCGACCGCGGGCGGGGCCGGCCCUCCGUGGUCGCCUUCCGAGAGGACCUGGCCUGGCAACUGGAAAGUCUCUCCGCAGCUGAUGGAGAAGUCCUGGGCCAGCUGUUUCGGUCGUUGAUGCGCUCAGAUAUUGAUGUGGGCAGCGGCUGGCGCGCCGCCGGCGACACCUCGUUGAUGGAGCACCCGCUGACACGCCUGGAAUGCCUGCGAGCAGUGGCGAUGGCUGGAGCAGAGGCCUCUGAGGCUCUGAAGAGGACAUCCAGGAGUCUCCAAAGCGCUUUGGAUGAAAUCUCCUGGCGGCAGCUGGCGCUGGCCCUUUUGCAGGAGCAACAGAACUGCAAGGAGGAAGAUCCGCUCUUGGAACACUACGUGCCUGGCUGCUGGAUGUUGACCUGCAUCUACUUACUCUCAGGCCGCCACCUGGGCGGCGCCGGACCUCGCCCCGACGGCGUGUCCCGCACGUGUCCCGCCCUCGCGCGGCUGGGCGGUGUGGCCGAUGCCCUCCAGCGGGGCGAGCAAGUGGGCAUGUGCGUGGACGAAAGGCAGAUGGAGUCCUUGAGCUUGGGCGAAUUCCGUCGGAGCUUCGAAAGUGAAGGUCGGCCACUGCUAGUGAAGGCUGCAGCUCCUGCUGCGUCUCAGCAGCCCGAGCGCUGGCACGUCCAGACGCUCCAGCGCUCACUCCAGCGGCGCCCGUGUCGUUGUCACAUCCAAGAUGAUGCCCUGGCCCUGACAUCUGGGAGGACCAAGCUCUCAGUGAUUCGCAUGCCAUUCGAGGAGUAUGUGAGAUACAUGGACUCCCACCAGGACAGUGAACCUCUCUAUUUGUUCCAAGAGUUCGAGGAAGACCUGCGAGAGGCCGUCGACAGCAGUUUCCAUGUCCCGGAGCUGUUCUGCGAGGAUUUCUUCUUGGAUGCCCAGGAGACGCCGGAGGGCUUCACCGGUCUGGCGGGAUGGCUCUUAGUGGGGCCCGCCAGCAGUGGCUCUCGCUGGCACUUUGACCCUUGGGGUACUGCUGCCUGGAACCUUCUCUUCGAGGGCCAGAAGCUCUGGGCCUUCUUCCCACCCUCUGAGCACCAAGCUCCUCCGUACGUGGAGGCGCAGCUCUUGGGCGGCUUAUCGGAGGCCUCUCACUUCUACGCUGCGCCGCCGGUCUUGACCUUGGCCGACCUCAUUGGGACGCCAGCGGCCGCCACGCUGCGAUGGGUCUUGCAAGAAUCAGGUGACCUGGUCUUCAUCCCCAGCGGCUGGUGGCACUGCACGGUGUCCUUGACCCAAACAUCCGCCUACACUAGGACUGGGUCACAACUACCAGGUGGCUGAGACGGCCCUGGCGAAGCUCCAUCCGCUCAUGGCGCAGCAGUUGAGACGCUGGGUUUCUUCCUAAGGACGACAGCGAUGAAGAUGGUGAUGUUCAUCCUGUGGCAAAGAAACCCAGGAAAA